AUGAUGAUGUCAAUGGAGGAGGAAGAUAUGGAAAUGGAAGAGCCACAUGUGUUUUUUGCUCACGAGAUUGACUUGGAUUACGAGUUCGACGCAGUUCGGUUCUUCGAUUUCAGUGCACAAGAAACUCCUACUAAAGCUUGCCAAGCCGAACUCUGGUUUCAAUCCGCUGCCAGCUACCCUCCUUCCCCUUUUGUGGCGAAGCUAGUGGUGAGAGAGGACGAAUCAGAGCGUGUGGAAUGCGCAACCACCGUUCAUGAUGGCAAGCCUAAUAACGUUCCGUCGGGGAUUGGAUUUUCCCCCACUGAUUUUCAGCAUGACGGUUCAAAAGGAAGCGGUGGGAGCGGGAACAUCUCGGGCUUGCUGAGUGGAGAUCCACGGGAUGUUAAUAUGAAACUGUUACAAGUAACUACAGGACUGGCCUUUAAGAGCAAAACAAUCCAUGACACUUUGAGGUCUAAAGUUAAACCUGCUGUCGUGAAGGGUUCAACACUAAUGAAACCUACUGCUAGUCAGUUGGCUAAACAAAAUCGGCCCCAUCAUAUUGUUAGCUCAAGGUUUCUGAAAGUACAAGAUCAUAACAAAAAAAUGAAUAUGUCUACCUCUUCUGGGAUAGAGUGUCAAGCUGCCAAACGACAGAAAUUAGAAGGUGGAAGCUUGCACAAGGUUGGUGAUGUGAAGCAGCAAGUUAAUUUUGUCCACAAGGCACCUAAAAAGGUUGCAACUGCUGAUCUAAAUUCUGGACAUUCUAAGCUGAAGAUCACUAUUCCUAGAGAGCCUGACCUAGAAACAGCUCACAGAGCACAAAGGAUUAGACCGAAAUAUGCUGCAGAAGCGGAAGUUGUGACAGUGGCUGCCCGCAGAUUCAAAGCACGUCCAUUAAACAGAAAAAUUCUAAAUGCUCCUUUGUUACCAAUUUCUAAGAGGAGCACACCGCGAUUGCCUGAAUUUCAAGAAUUUCAUCUCAAGACACAGGAGAGGGCCAUGCAGCAUACAUCUGCGACUUCAUCAUCUUCAUUUCAUUGCAAUGAUUCUAAUAAGGAUUUGGACAAACAUACUGCUGUUUCUGCUCAAGAAAAUAGAAUCAGGGAUUUGAGAAGGCCAUCUGCCAUGGGUGCUCCAAAACAUGAUGGGUUGGACUUUGUGCAUAGUUUUAAAGCUCGACCGCUUAAUAAGAAGAUUCUUUCAAGUAAAGGUGAUAUUGGUGUUUUCCGGAACAGAAAGCAGGAAACCACUGUGCCAAUGGAAUUUAAUUUCCAUACUGAAAAGAGAAUUCAGCAUAACCCACCAAUUGAACUCUUUAGCAAGAUGUCUCUAACAUCCGAAGUCGAGUCAAAUAAUGGAUCCCAGUUGAAACUGCCCCGACAUUCCAGAGAUUCAAAAGAAAAUAUAGGGAGUUCUUUUCAUCUGGAUGCAAAGGUAACGCCUUUCAUAUUUGGAGGAAAGCAAAAUCAUAGUGGGAGAGAAGGUUGCGACCGUGAAGCUGGUACUCUACUAACUGCACGGAGGAGCUUGGGAAUUCGAUGA